UAUUGCGCACACAGCGGGCUGAACUACAGCGGCGGCUCCAACUACGACCCAAGUGUGAAGGCGUCCUAUUUCUGAGCGUCAGACGGAGAUCAGGGGGUGUCGGACCGCUGCGGAAAAAAAACUUGCCUUUAUUUGAUUUUCUCCUCAAAUUGAAGACAUAAGUGAUGCUCAGUAUGCGGACCGACUCUGGGGCUGCAUGAACUGCGAUUCUCCUCAUCUGAGGGCAGUUUAAUGUGCUCUUUAUCCAUUUGUUUCAGAGGAUUACUCCUUCCCUCAGUAACGAUGGGUUCGGUGAUGUUGGACUGGAGGGUAUCAUGUCUUCUUCUGCAGGCAGCUGCUUUGCUGCUGCUCAGCAAGGGGGAGCGGAUGUGCCCUGCGAGUUGCCGCUGCGAAGGGAAGAUUGUUUAUUGCGAGUCUGGCAUCUUCCAAGACAUCCCAGAAAACAUCACCACGGGAUGCCAGGGUCUGUCUAUGCGUUAUAACAACUUGUUGGUUCUGUUGCCGUACCAGUUCGCUCAUCUCAAUCAACUCAUUUGGCUUUACUUGGACCACAACUCCAUCAAUGCAAUAGAUGCUUUAGCCUUCCAUGGUGUGCGCAGGCUGAAGGAACUGAUCCUCAGCUCCAACAAGAUAAACCAUCUGCACAAUAACACCUUCAGCGCCAUACCAAACCUACGAAACCUGGACUUAUCCUACAAUCAGCUGCAGUAUCUGCAACCGGGACAUUUUUAUGGUCUUCGCAAGCUACAAAAUCUCCACCUUCGAUCUAAUGGACUGAAACAGAUCCUCAUUCGCACCUUUCUGGAAUGCCGCAGCCUGGAGUUUCUGGACUUGGGUUAUAAUCGCUUGCGGAGCCUCACCCGUACAACGUUCUUAGGCCUAUUCAAGUUGAAAGAGCUUCAUUUAGAGCACAAUCAAUUUUCCAGGAUUAACUUCUUCAUUUUUCCACGCCUAACCGACCUCCAAGCUCUUUAUUUGCAGUGGAACCGCAUACGAUCCAUCAGUCAAGGUGUGCCUUGGACUUGGCACAAACUGCAGAAAUUGGAUUUGUCAGGGAAUGAAAUCCAAAUGUUGGACCCGGCUGUUUUCCAGUGUAUGCCAAACUUACAAAUGCUCAACCUUGAAUCAAACAAGCUGAGCAGUGUGCCUGUGGAGGCCGUGGCAGCGUGGACCUCCCUGACCACCAUCAGCCUGGCUGGCAACGCUUGGGACUGCAGCCCCAGCAUCUGCCCUCUCAUGGCCUGGCUCAAAACCUUCAGAGACUCCAAAGACAUUAGCAUGAUAUGCAGCAGUCCCAAGUCUGUGCAGGGAGAACGAGUUGUGGACGUAGUGAGAAACCACUCGACGUGUGUGGCAAUGUCGAAUGUGUUCACGACCACGGCUUUCAUCCUUCUGACACCAGCCCAAGUUGUGAAUGUCUCACCUCACCCCUCUCCCUCUGGUUUUACAGACCUGACUCAUAGCGAGUCCCCUGCGCAGGGAUUAACCCCCUCAUCUGUUCAUCCUAUUUGGACAGACAGAAAAACAACAGAGUCCACAACCAUGAGCUCUACAACACUCAUCUCCCCUGAACCCCCAACAUCGUUUAUCCCUGAGCCACAGUUUGAACAUAUGGCUUUCCAUAAAAUCAUUGCAGGCAGCGUAGCCCUGUUCCUGUCAGUGUCAUUGAUCCUUCUGGUUAUUUAUGUCUCGUGGAGGCACUACCCCAACACCAUGAGGCAGCUGCAGCAGCACUCAGUCAACCAUAAGCGCAGGAAAAAGGCCCGCAAGCAGGAGCAGGAUCUUAACUCUCAGUUGCAAGAGUACUAUCUGAGCUACCACUCAAACUCAGAGACUAUGGACUCCUUGGUGAAUGAGACGAGGCCGUGCACGUGCACCAUAUCAGGAUCCAUAGAAUGUGAGGUCUGAGCUGCCCACUCCACCUUAAAGAGACUAAAAGUGCAAUUGCUAAGCAGAGGUAAAUGGUUUUUCCACGGGAUUAAGUGGCUUUAUCUCUAAUGUGAGAUGAUAGAUUCUGCAGCACUGAAGAAAAUACUUGGGGGCAUAGUACAAUAUAAUUAUGUGCACCGAAAAGAAGACAGGAACGGAGAGAUAUAUUUGGAGAGAGCUAAUUAUCACCCUGACUGACACGGGAACAGUGGCGGGGUCAGCCAGGUUAGCUGUGUACGAUUUCACGUAACAACGGGACCUCUGCUACAGUAGUAGGAGUCAGCUCUGCAGAGACUGACCAUAUUCUUAGUCAACCUAGAUCGCCAUCUAAUACGAACCAACAAAGCCACUUUUUACUUGCUAGUUCUGUUUUUUUUUAUUAUGUAGCUUGUAAAGCAUUUAGGGUAUAUUGUAUGUGUGCAUCUUUGAGCGUAUGUGUGUUUGAGUGCGUUAUGGCGAUGAUCUGAUAAUUUACUGACUUCUGGUUGGAAGAGUUACAGAGUUACAGACACUAUUUGUCCAGUUAACCUGAUUUGCAUUUGACAUACUGCUGUAGUGCGGUGAUUAGAAGUAGCACUACCACAAAAAAAUGGAGGAACAAUUAUCGAGAGAGGAUCUUGUCCUGAGGUCUUUUGCAUGAAUUCAUUCUCCUUACUUAAGGUGCUUCUCUCGCCUGUAAAACGAUCAGUUCUAAUUGACAGAAAAAUAUGCAUUAUGGUUCAGUGUGGUUCAAACCACACAAACAGAUUAUCUAAAACUCUUAUCUCAAAAGUCUUAUCUCAGGACUGAUAUUUUCCAAGUUGUACAAACCUGUCCAGGUCCAGCUGAAGUGAUAAUGUUGAUUUUCAUAACAAAUUUUGUAUUGAUUAUUCCUAUCAUUAUGAUUAUGCAUUGUUUGUGUAAAGACAUAAUAUGGGUACUAGGCAUUCUGUGUGAUAAUGACUGUAUAAUUAAAAGAAACACUGACAAUUGAUGAAAAAUUGUG